CCUAUUUCUAUUUUUUUCUACUGAAUUUAUUUUACCUUUUUUUUUACUAUAAAUAUAAUAGCUUUUUAUUAUUUUGACUUUUGACAUCUGGUAAUUAAAAUUGAGAAGCUGUGGAACGAAUCUUCGAAGUCGAAACUGCGUGUCUACGGAUUGAAUCUCUGCAGCAGCUUACGACCACUGACCCUUUUGCUUUUGAUUCAAUCGAUAGACGACGGAUACAAGUUCUCGCUAUCGCCGAGCCGGAGCCGGAGUCUGAGCUGAAGCCCUGUAUCUGUAACUCUUCCAACAGGUUUGUAAUUUAUGUAUCUUACUUCACCGUGUUGUUUCGCCGAUUUUACCAAUUCCAGUGCAUUGGUCUCUCUUUUGAUUAAAUUGCUGUAACAUGAGAACUGAAAGAUUGAACCUUUGUUCGAGACUAGUGUUAAUCUCUGUCCUUGUGUGUCUCUGGACUCUGUUAGUGGACAUACCUUGAGAGAUGAAGAUCGUUCGCAGGGAUUUUGUUCGUAAUGGACCCGGAAGCGUUAAGAUGGUGGCAGAGGACUCUGAUGAUCUCUGGUAUGCUUAUAACUUGAUUGCUGUGGGCGAUAGUGUAAUGGCUGUCACUUUCAGAAAAGUUCAGAGAGAGAUACCUGGUGGGGGAAGAGACUCUGAACGUGUUAAACUGAAGCUGGAAGUACAAGUUGAGGAGGUGGACUAUGACAAAGACGGAUCUGUUUUGCGCAUACGUGGCAAAAAUAUCCUGGAGAAUGAGCACGUAAAGAUUGGUGCAUUCCAUACUUUGGAACUUGAGCUGAAACGACCUUUUGUGUUGAGAAAGGAAAUGUGGGACUCAAUGGCUCUUGAUACACUCAAACAGGCCUCAGAUCCCGCUGCUAGUGCUGAUCUAGCUGUAGUUCUAAUGCAAGAAGGACUGGCACAAAUCUUCCUUGUGGGCAGAAGUGUGACAAGUAGCCGUGCACGAAUAGAAACAUCCAUUCCUAGGAAGCAUGGACCUGCAAUUGCUGGUUACGAGUCUGCUUUGAAGAAAUUUUUUGAGAAUGUUCUGCAGGCCUUUGUGAAACAUGUUGACUUCAGUGUCGUUCGCUGUGCAGUAGUUGCAAGUCCCGGCUUCACAAAGGAUCAGUUUCAUCGCCACUUAUUGUUGGAAGCAGAAAGAAGACAACUGAGACCUAUUAUUGAGAAUAAAUCACGUAUAAUAUUGGUGCACACAAACUCUGGAUAUAGACAUAGCCUGGGUGAGGUUCUCCAUGCCCCCAACGUGAUGAAUAUGAUAAAAGAUACAAAAGCAGCAAAAGAGGUCAAAGCUCUCAAUGAUUUUCACAACAUGCUUUCAACUGAACCAGAUCGGGCAUGCUAUGGACCAAAACACGUGGAAGUUGCAAAUGAACGAAUGGCAAUUCAAACGCUUCUCAUAACGGACGAGCUUUUCAGGAAUUCUGACGUGAAAACAAGGAAGAAGUAUGUGAAUUUGGUGGAGUCGGUAAAAGAUUCGGGAGGAGAUGCUUUUAUAUUUUCGGCGAUGCAUGUGUCAGGAGAACAAUUGGCACAGCUGACUGGAAUAGCAGCUCUUCUCAGGUUCCCUUUACCAGAACUCGAAGACAUUGAGAUGUAAAAAAAUCUUCGGCUUAUAGAAAACAAUACAACAAAUCAUACACAUCUCUCAUAAUUUAUAGUUUAUUUGUACUCAGUGUCAUAAAAAGAGAUUUGUAACUCAUUACAAAUUAUAAGAUAACCAUUCGUUGCUGUUUUGUUGUUAAGCAAUUUUUCUACAUAAAAUUAUUCUGUUAGA